CGUCAUAUUGAUUCGCACGCUUGCUGCCGGGGUUGGAGGUCAGAGCGAGCUUCUCGGGGACCACUGGAGGAAGAUGGCGGUGGAAUCGCGCGUCACCCAGGAGGAAAUUAAGAAGGAGCCAGAGAAGCCAGUCGACCGGGAGAAGACGUGCCCGCUGCUGCUGCGCGUCUUCACCACCAACAACGGGUGCCACCACCGCAUGGACGAGUUCUCCCGAGGGAACAUGCCGUCCAGCGAGCUGCAGAUCUACACCUGGAUGGAUGCCACCUUGAAAGAACUGACUAGUUCAGUAAAAGAAGUCUACCCAGAAGCUAGAAAGAAGGGCACACACUUCAACUUUGCAAUUGUUUCGGAUAUUAAAAGACCUGGUUAUCGGGUGAAGGAGAUUGGCAGCACCAUGUCCGGGAGAAAGGGGACUGAUGAUUCCAUGACCCUGCAGUCGCAGAAGUUUCAGAUAGGAGGUUAUCUGGACAUAGCGAUCACCCUUCCGAAUCGGGCACCACCUCCUUCAGGGCGCAUGAGGCCAUAUUAAAUUUUAUUGACUAU